AUGCCUUUCACAGUUCUUAGCACUUUCACUGGCCCAUUUAAAAGUUCCUGGCCUAUUCGUAGUGGAAAUACCCGUACACAAACAAAACACGACCUUUACUGCUCCACCCACAUCAUAAACCCACCGCUCGCCGAACGCUCACAUCAACUACCGCCGCCCAACAUGUCCGAUCUCCGACAGUCCCUUGGCGUCUUUGAACCAGCUACCGAGGACAUCACAAGCCAGGCAACUCGGUGCGCCGAACAGCCUACUACCGAGCCUGUCACACCAACAAAUCCACCUCCACCCUUGUCUGCUGCACGCCGAGCAGAGCUAGAUGCCCUUACACUAGCGGACUACAACAACAUGACGAUACCCGAACUCCAUGCUGAAAUGCAGCAGCGUAACAUUCGAUUUCAUAAGUUCCACCGCAAAACCUAUUGUGUUUCUCAGCUACAAUACUCAGAUCGUGUUGACCGAGAUGUCUAUCAGAAAUGGAAGACUCGCACAACGUGGGAGCUAACGCCUGAUGAUGAGAUCAAGCUACCACUCGAACUACUGCCUGGACCGAACAUGCCUUGGUACAAGGUCGAUCGGAUCCUCAAGCUACUCAGCUCCCGGCAAGACCUUGUGUUUGCCAGCUCUUUCCACGAAGACAUUACACGCAAAUCCUUCCUGCAUUUGCCCCUCGAGAUCCGACAAAUGGUGUAUGCUUUUGCUCUUGACAUGAGUCCCAUGCUUCAGGUGAAAUGCUCCUAUGCAGAAGACCAAGAUCGCUUUGCACCCAUCAAUGCUAGUGGCCAAAGCACUUCCUUCUUUCAAACAAUCUAUACACUCCAAACACUGGCUGCGAUGAGCAAGGCAAUGCGUUGGGAUGUGCGGAGCUUCUUCUAUGGCUCGUUAGAGAUAUGUUUGUUGAACGAUGAUGCAGGAGCCGCCGGCCACUUUGGAAUUUCGCAAAAGUUUCUUCUUAAGCUUGGUCCUGAGGGCGUGGCCUCACUACCACGACUCAAAAUCAUUCUCUCGAAGCAGCCGCUCAAUGAGGAUACUAGCCAUGCUCGAGUGGCUUUUCAAGCCUUCCUUCGAUCUCUUUCGAUGUGCCACAGCCUUCGGUUGUUGCACUUGGACCUAACAGUCUCACACAUCUUUUGGUCGAAUAUUGAGGCCCUGAAGGCUUCUUUUCUGUGGGGAGAGGCUCUGAAGAGCUCAGGCUUGGAAGAACUUGCUGAAGCGAUUGCCUCACUACCUAACCUCGACACUGUUCACGUACGACUGCUACCACAAGUACAUACAUCAAAGGACAACGACUUCUUAAUCUUUGCUUUCAGCGGCAUACGACAGUUUAUUCUAUGGACCGAGAUUACAAAUCGUCUUAUCACUAACAAUGUUAGCAUUGUUCGACAGGGGACUGACAGUCGUGGCCUUAGUGGUAUUACAGUUGAUGUCCAAUAUCAACAUAUUAGCGUGUACAAAAAUGAAGACCGGAUCAUGAACUUCAGGCAUUGGAAGAUUGAAAGAUCAGGGCGCUAA